UUCGACAGCUUCAAGCUCACCAGGCGCUCCAGCGCCGACGAAAUCCAGCGGGCGUUUGCUGCCCAGCGGCUGAUCUGGCAUCCCGACAAGAACCCAGGCGACGCCGUCGCGCGUGAGACCUACGCCACGAUGCAACGCGCGCACGCGAUACUCAUGGACCCCGAGCAGCGGCGGCUGCACGACGAG